ACAAAAAGAAAAUAUUCUUCCACAUGAACAUUGGAUUUUUUUGUUCAUCUUCAAGAAAGCAUUUUAUCAUUUAGAAUAAUGAAGUUUUAUUAAGAAAAUCGUGUUAUUUUUUAAGUAAAUUUUAUAUAUUGUGUAACAGUCAUGUCCAAGCCUUCUAUUUUGAUAAUAGAACCAUUUUAUGGUGGCAGCCAUAAGCAAUUAAUUGAUACUCUAAUAGAAUGUUUAAAUGUAUGUGACUAUGAAAUAUUUAGUUUGCCCGCCAAGAAAUGGCACUGGCGGGCUCGCACCGGUGCUUUGUAUUUCUCCCAAAUGAUACCGCAAAAUCAUCAGUACAAAGUUUUGUUUACCAGUUCGGUAUUGAACUUGGCCGAACUUUUAGGUUGCCGGCCGGAUUUAAAUGUAUGCAAGAAGAUUGUAUACUUUCAUGAAAAUCAAUUGGUCUACCCCGUUAGAGAGGUAAAAGAAAGAGAUUGUCAAUAUGGUCUGAAUCAAAUACUCACUUGCCUGGCAGCUGAUCAUGUCAUUUUUAAUUCCAACUUCAAUCGUACUUCCUUUUUGGAAAAUAUUACUCCCUUCCUUAAUAUACAGCCAGAUUUAAAACUAAAGCAUUUAGGCGAAAAACUUGAAGUGAAAUGUGAAGUUUUAUAUUUUCCCAUCAAAUUCCAUGCCUUCCCCAAUAAGCGCCUUAUGUUGGGUGGCGAUGUGCCCAUGACUUCACUGACCACUGGCAAUGCCAACGAUUGUUUACAUUUAAUAUGGCCUCAUCGCUGGGAACAUGAUAAAAAUCCUAAACUUUUGGUGGAGGUGCUGUUGGAGUUGAAUAAACGCCAAGUGGAUUUUAAAGUGACCAUCUGUGGUGAAACCUAUCAGACUUCACCAGAGGCCUUUGAGGGUUUGCAGGAUAAGUUGGGUGCAAAGUUGGUGAAUUUUGGUUUUUUGUCGCGUGAAAUGUAUGUUAAAGCACUGCUGGACGGUGAUGUGGUUAUAUCCACGGCUGGGCAUGAAUUCUAUGGUGUGGCCAUGUUAGAAGCAACAUAUUGCGGUUGCAUGCCCAUUGCACCCAAUAAACUCGUCUAUCCCGAAUUGUAUCCCAAAGAAAAUCUCUACAAUACUUCCAAUCAAUUGAUUAAAAUGCUAUACAAUUGGUGUCGCAAUCCGGUGCUGUUUCGUAAACAGCGUGAGAAAUUUUUCGAAUAUUUUACAUUCGAUCGUUAUUCAGCACAGCAUUUAGUACCAAAAUAUUUGGAAAAAUUAAGAAUUUAAAAAAGCUGCACACAACCAACUAAGGACAAGAAAAAGGUAAAACAAGCCUGAAAUUUAUCAAAAAUGCCAUAGUGCAAUAUAAUUCGAAUUUAGCACGUAAGUCUGAAAUUGAAUUACUUUAAAACAAAGUAGACAAAAUUUCUUAACAACAAUACAAAUACAUAAAUAUAUUUUGGUAUGGAAAAGUUAAAUGAAAAGCUAAUACAACAACAAACAAAUUUUCAUAUAACUUAACAACAACAAAAACUUGACCAAUUUUAAAUGUUUGCUUCCCUAUCUAAUAGAACUGGGAAAUUAGCUGGUUAUAAUUUAAGUUCAGCUUAAGAUCAAAACUAAUUUUAAUAACAUUUUUUACAUGUUUUUUAUAUGUAUUUAAAUUUGGUUAAGAUUGUUUGUUUUUGACUGUUUUUAAAAAGAUUUUAUACUGAUAAUUUUUUAUUAUUAUUAAUCCAACAUAGCUAGUAGUUAUUUGAUUAUUUUAUUUUGCUAAAUAAGUUUUUCCCCUUUUAAUUUUUAUUAUUUAGAUAUUAAAUUACUGUUAAGCAUAUAAACAAAAACAAAAAUACUUGAUAAAAACUUACAAAAAAACAAGAAAACAAAA